CGGCGGGUCGCCGCUACUCGAGUUCUUUCCUGCUCUGCCCGUACCACUUCGUGCCGCAUGUUGUAUUUUACGUAGCCAGCACGCGUACCGCUUGUCUUAAAGAGGUUUCAAUGUGUGGAAAGACACAGGCUUGUGCCGGGACUGUAUCAUUCACUUUAACGUGCUAAGAGGACGUAAUCCUUCGUGCUAUUUCGCCAUCAACGAGCACUGCUAAGGGUUCUUUCCGACAUAAAAAUCGAAACCACUGGCGCCGGUCGUUCGGCCAGGUCGCACCUUGGGUUGGACAGUCGCUCUGUCGGCGCGCCUCUGGAGGUUUCUUACUUCGUGAGGCAGGCGUAUGGGCCAAGCAACCUUCCCGAGGCUGUGAAACCCGUCAUUUUGUAUUCUUUUAUCUACCUUUGUGUUUUUUCUGGGCGAGAAAAUGCCUCAAGAUUUCCUUCGGUUCGCCCUUCCCUCAAACGCCGACUGCCUAGAAAGCUGGGCAGAGGGGUGGGCUCGCGGCCAAGACGCUUUCCCUCGCUGUACGACAUGCGCGAGCGUCGGUCGUGGUUUACAGGAAGAUGGUUCAUGCGAUACAAUGAGCCAGUGCCUUUUUUCUGGCAUGUUCGCUGCAGGCCUGUACGCUCACGACGAGUCUGCGAACACUCGCAACGGCGGCCUCUCGUUUUUCUGUGCCUUUCGAGGCAUCAACAACAAAGCAGGCGACAACGUAGAAAAUGGCGAACGGACAACACUUCAAACUGUCUCUCAAGCUGCCGUGAUGUCGACAGCUCAACAUCGAGCUGAACGUUCCGCCGGUUUCCGUGAUGUCGGUGGAAACAAGUCGACGGACAGCGACGCAGGUCACUCUGAUGAAUUCAUUUGUGUCCAUCCGGUUGGCACUGUAGACGUCGGCGCCGGCAUCCUUGAUCUGCGCUGGUUACCGAGGGCUACAAUGUCGGUCACACAUCAAGGGACCGAGCACGCGGAACAGGCAGUUCGCACUCGAGCGUGGCUUCCGCCCUUCCCGGCUGACGGAGAACCAAGGCCUGGCAAGGAUGAGGCUCAAACCACAACGCCGGAUUCCUCUGAUGCUUGCUCGUCCGUGCUCGCGGCGGUAGGCGCUGACCGCGCUCUGCAUAUUCUACAAGUCUCUCUUGAAAAUUCUUCGGCUGCAGCCACAUCGUCGAACUCAGAAGACGAACUGUUGCUCAACGCCUCUAACGCACGCAAUUCACCAUUUGGGGAAGCACCUGCGUUAUCGCCCCCUUCCGAUGUCCUCAAUCAUCAAUCGAAUGCAUGCGAUAAAAAGAGCCUCACUCUCCCGGUGUGUCGCUGCGCACGGCUGGCGCGAAUACUGUUGCCGGGAAUCCAUGAUUCCGCGAAGACAGCGAGUGGUACAGUCAUCGGCGUUGGCAUGGACAGCUUAGGAGACGACGGGAGGCUUCUCGCGGCGUGCUGUUCUGACGGUCACGUUAGUGUCGUCAAGGAUAUGGAACACGUCCAUGCUUCUUGGAGGGCGCAUGAAGCAGAGGCGUGGUGCAUUGCCUUUGACCCUCACGAACACGGCAACACUAUGGCAACCGGAGCUGAUGACUGCAUUGUCAGGUUGUGGGACCUACGUUGCAGAGAGUUCACAACUGUCGGAAGCAAUGAGGACGAAAGCGUACCUGCAGCUUUAGUGAUGGAGAACAAACGGAGCCACAGCAUGGGAGUAACUUCAAUAACCUUUUUUCCUGACAAUCCAAAUUUGUUAUUGACUGGCAGCUACGACGAAGCUGUUCGCAUUUUUGACCGCCGGCAUCUCCAAUCCCCCCUGACUUCAUACAAAGUUUCAGGAGGCGUCUGGAGACUCAAGUGGCACACCCCAGAGAAGCAAUCACGUAGAUUGCUGCUGGUGGCUGCAUGUCAUGGUGGCGGUGAACUAUGGCGCGUUGGAGAUACUAAAUCAGAUAUUGAGAGGCUUGGCGUCUUCUCGGGACAUCAAUCCAUGACCUACGGCAUCUCGGCACUGUCUAUCAAAUGCCUUCGCCGGCAAUGUAUGCGACGGUGGUCUGCAGCUAAUUGUCUACCUGGCACUGUUGGUCGUCCUUUUGUUGCCUCUGAUGCUACCGCGUCAUUGAGUGGCAGUAUUUUUUUGUCGUGCAGUUUUUAUGACCGUCUUCUAGCUGUUUGGUAGUAAGCGGUGCCAUCUGGAAGGGUUACACGUCUCAAGGACGGUUUUUCCAUGUAGCGAACGUCAGUUCCAGUCUCCCAGGGAAACGGCUAGGCCGUGGCGGAUAUCGAGUGACAAUUGCAUCACAGUUCCAGUGAAAGCACGAUAAUCCUCUUUGGGUCAAGGAAGACGUGGUGUGGGUCUGAUGUUACGUUCUCAGUCAAUCACAUGUAGUGCUUUGUUGCGAAAUUUCAACAGGCCGUGUGGUGCAUAACAUUUUGGAUUUGAAACACAUUGUUUGAUUUUCGAUGGGAGGCCUUAGCAUCAGGAGUACCAUGUAAUCAGUCACAGGUCACGAAGCUAGUGGUCGCUUCCAAUUUGGGGAGGAAAGCC